CCCAAAAUGUACGUAUCGGAUUUACCAAUCAGAGUAAGGCUAUCGUACUCUAGACAGAGGCUUGGCACGCAGUGCGUUUCCGCCCGCGUGUAAUGCCCAGGAACAGUCGCAGAUUUGGAAUACAUUUGCUGUACUGGCGCCCUACUUCAUUCAGAAAUGUCGAAUGCAAAAGAGAAGAAAUAUGCAAAAAGGAUGCGGAACCAGCCAUCUAAUGUAAGCCUGGACAUAGGCACCGAACAGGGUGAUAGGCCUCGUUACAGUGGAGGGCGUGGAAGCUUUCAGCCACACAGAGAGAGCCACCCUGGCCCCUCUGGACAGCAUCCGCGACACUCUUAUCAAUCACCUGGGUCUCAUUUCCAUGGUAGAGGUGGUCAAGGAAGGGGAGGACCCAGUGAAGUGCCUCUUGUCCCUAAAUACAUAACAGCAACCAUGUUUGCUCAGGCGAGGGCUGCAGAGAUCAACGCAAUGGUUAAGGCUGUUUCCCAGAAGUCUUCCAACACCUUGGUUUUUCAGUCGCUACCCAGACAUAUGCGCAGACGAGCUAUGGGUCAUGAUAUAAAGCGCUUACCCAGAAGGCUCAGGGAGAUUGCAAAGAAGGAGAUAGAAAAAUCUGCGCACCUCAAAAAAGCAGUGUCCAAGAACAAGUGCCGUAAAGCUCGGAGGCGUCAUGGCAAUCUUCAGCUAGAGUUCAACCGCAGGCAGAGAAAGAACAUUUGGUUGGAAACGCAUGUUUGGCAUGCAAAGCGCUUUCACAUGGUGAAGAAGUGUGGAUACUGCCUGGGACAUAGGCCUACAAUGAAGAGUUACAGGGCUUGCUACCGAGCUAUGAACAGUCACUGCCUUCUGCAGGAUUUGUCUUAUUACUGUUGCCUGGAAUUGAUGGGUGAAGAAGCUGUUCUGCUGAAUGCUUUGUCAAGACUCACAAGCACAGAGACUGGCCCAUCUUUUGCUGCUGCCUUCUGUCUCUCUGGAAAACGUCAAGGAUCAUUGGUCCUUUAUAGAGCUGAUAAAUACCCCAGAGAAGCAAUUGGUCCUGUUACAUUUGUCUGGAAACCAGCUUGUGUCCCUGUUUCUCCAUCUGAUAAAAGGCAGUUGUGGAUUUGGUGUCACCCUUCACUCAAACAGGACAUACUUAUAGAAUUAAGACAAGUUUGUCAGUGUGAGGAAACGCCUGACAAUGCUGUCUGCAAACCAGAUCCUGUUCUCACUCCACAACCAGAGAAACCACAAACUGCUCUAACAACUACCACCAAAAAGAGAAAGCGACAAGAUAAGGAUGGGGAGCAGGCAGUACCUGUGAAAAAAAUCAUUGGUGAUGGGACUAGGGAUUCCCUGGAUCCUUAUUACUGGAUAUCAAAGCAGACAGCCAUCAGAAUAAGUGACUUGACAAUGGAAUUUGUCCGCUAUCGACUAAUUGGCCCUCUCUCUCACUGUGUGCUAACUGAAGCUUUGCGUGCUGCUCCUCUUCAUAAGGAAAUGGAAGGUGAUGCAGGACCUCACAGCUGGUGGGCAGAUUACUGUAGUAACCCUGAGAAUCUUAGACUUCAUACCCUCCAGGAAUCCAUGCUUCAGCUCCUGCAAGCUGUAGGAUCUCCAGCAGAAUUAGCCCCUGGUACCAUAUUGGGACUCACAGUGGGAGAUCCAAGACUAAAUUUGCCAAAGCAGAAGACUAAAGCUGUACCAAACUUAGAAAAGUAUGAAGACCGAGACCAAGUGAAAUCCAUAAGACUGAAUGGUUUUCCUCUGGAGUGUGCUCAAAGCCUUAUAUGGACUUCUGACAUAUGCUCGAAAGUUACUGAGAAAAAAGUUCCAGAACAGGAAAUAAACCGCAUGAGGAGUGAGCUGCUUGUCCCGGGCUCCCGGCUGGAGUUGGGGAAUAAUGAAUCCAAGAUCCCUGUCCUGCUGAUUCAGCAGCCUGGGAAACGCACUGGAAAUGAUCGGCCUGGCUGGGGAAGCGGCUGGGACAUCUGCCUGCCCAAGGGAUGGGGAAUGGCUUUCUGGAUUCCUUUUAUCUACAGAGGUGUGCGAGUUGGGGGUUUGCAGCAAGGGCUUCAGCACUCUCAGUAUAUGGGAAUUCCAGAUGCUACUGGCGACUUUCCUGACUGCCUGGCUGGGGUUCAGUCUGCGAAGGAGAUGGAGGAUAGUCUGCUGAAUGCCUACAAAAGGCGUCCACCUGCGAAGAGAGCAAACUUUAUCAAGCAUGGAGUUCUUGCACCAUUCAGGUGUCCCUGGGAGCAACUGACUGCAGAGUGGGAGCAGAGGGCUGGAGGCGUAACAGAAGUCCAUGGAGCUGAAAAGGAGGAAGUCGCAACAACAGACAUAAGCAUGGAAGAACAACAUAAGGGGGAAGAGGCACCACAGAGAAUUGAAACUGAGACUCUAGAGGACGUAGAUAUGGGAUCUGCUCCCCAAGGCACCACGGGAAGUGAGCAGGAUAUGGAAAAAGCAGAUGGAGCCAGAGUGUGUGUGUUGAGGAACAAAAGGAUUCUGAAGGAGCUUUCUACACUUUGUGGCCUGUGUAAUCGGUACGGCCCAAGAUAUAAACAAACUAGCAGCCCCACUCCACAGGCAACAUCUGAUAUGCUACAGCAGGUUCUGCACAAUUUCCCACGCUCUCUAGUGUGGGUCAGGCUGACUAUGUUGACUAAGGGUAGCCCAGAGCUCCAUGCCAUGAUCUGUAUACCUUCUGAGCAGGACUUCAUUCAACUUGCUGCUGAUAAAUCAUUUGCUGGCCCUCAGGAGCCUAAACAUGGAGACCCCAUCAAGAAGAAAGUAUUGAAACAUCAAAAGGAAAAGAAGAAGAAAGCAAAAGCUAAACUGGAGAAGGAGGCAGCACAACAAAAGGAAGAGAUCUCCCAGGAUGAUGAGGACGAUCAGUUGACCCUUGGUUUGUGGCCUAAUCCUCUACCUCCAAUCAUCAAUCACUGCUGUAGAACCCUGCUCGGGUUUGUCACCCACGGGGACUUUUCUAUGGCUGCCGGCUGUGGAGAGUCAUUAGGGUUUGUCAGCUUAACUGGCCUCAUGGACAUGCUCUCUGGUCAGCCAGUGAACAGGACCGGGUAUGUGUUGCUUAGAAACCCGUCCUCUUUGCAGUACAGGUUUGCAAAAAUAAUGGUAGAUGCAUAAACUUUACUUUAACUCACAUUUCUGCAUGUCAGAUACAGUGUCAGUGACAAACAUUUACUCUAGAUUGGUAUCUAGAUUAUUACAGAGCAGUAAUGAAAGAUUUCAGUUAAAUGGAUGCUAGGGUCUCUCGCCCUACAGCUAGGCAGCUGCAUCAAAGGAAUCCAAAGGCAAGGGAUAACUCAUUGAGCAGGGACCUUCCAACUGCUGCACCUGAAUUCCUGAUUUAAAACUCCCAGGGUUGGCAGAUAUUCAGGUGAGACAAGCAUGCAGGUAAUAGUUGUCGUUCAGCUUGGGUAUAACCCCUGCUAUACACCCAGGAGGGGCAUUUACUAGGUGUAGUAUUUCUAUCACCUCUGCCCCACCUGCUUCUGCUCUUCAACAUGGGUGACUGCACCCUGCUACUCACAUUGUAUGUCUCCUUGUAAAGCAUGUAUACUACUCCAAGCUUUUGAUUUGAGGAUGUGAAUCUCCACAGGGGCCAGCUUUAUGAGCAGAUGCUUGGUCACACGGGUAACCCAUAAGUAACUACUAACCCUGUAAUGUAAUUUUUUCUCUUACAGGGGACACAGAGCCCAGGUAUAACAUAAUGUACAUGCGUUUUUAUA